GCUUUCACUCCGUCAAGUUAUGGAAAGAGGAAUGAAAAAGUAACUUUCCACGCAUCAUUUCCCUUGAGGCUGUCGAGGUAGGUGUGACAGGUGCACGUUGGUCGGGCGUUGUGUCGUGUGUUUCGUUGCGAUCGAAUACGUGCCUGCCUGCGUGCGUGGAGUAACUAACUACAGCGAUUCUGGCCAGCCUACCUAGCAGCAGUGCCAGUGUUUCCAUAUUGGGAGCAGCUCACAGAGAGAUACAACACAUACAGAAACCCACCGGUCACUAGCAGCAUCCAGCACAAUCAGCAUUAGCGGCAGCGCAGCGGCAGUGUUCGUCUCGUCGCAGCAGCACAUUGUGCGCGCCACGCCCCGCCCCCAGCGACGCGGUUCACGGACAGCAUCAUAUAUCCAACGGCAGCAGUGUAGCCACCACAAUUUUUAGAACCGCAGCAGGUGCGAAACAAACGGCACCACCCGUCGUCGCGCCAUUCACGCCGCACCGAGUUGCCGCCGUCCCAUAAUGCGCGACGAGGGCGCUGCUAUGCGGGUACAUGUCGAUCCAGCAGCGACCACGGCCAACGACAAAAAGAACAGUACAUCCACUUCCGAGCCAGGUUCCUCGAAUGGUGAUGGAACGACGUCGUCGGCUGAAGUCAGCACAUUGCCCACCACCCCGCAAAUCACCGAAUCGGCUCGAAACCCUUCCUUUCAGAGCUUUAAUGAUGUCGUAGACUUAGUUUUUAAUCCUUUACGGUCUGUGAUCAGCCAAAAUCGGAGACGGUAUACCGAGGACGGCUUCAAUCUUGAUUUAACUUAUAUUACCGAUCGAAUAAUCGCUAUGGGUUAUCCAGCAAAAAGCAUCGAGCGUCUCUACCGAAAUAGCAUGUGUCAUACAGUGAAGUUCUUGGAACGCAAUCAUGCUGGACAUUAUAAAGUAUUCAAUUUACGGGGGAACUAUUUUUACAAAGUGGAGAAGUUUCAAGGUCGAGUAAGUCUGUACCAUAUGAAGGAUCAUCAUCCACCACGUCUUGAUCUCAUGGAUCCUUUUUGCAAAGAGGUGAAUGAGUAUCUGAAAGCUGAUCCUCGAAAUGUGGUAGCUGUUCAUUGCAAGGCUGGCAAGGGUCGUACGGGAGUGAUGAUUUGUGCGUACCUCGUUUCGAUAGACUUCUACAAGCUACCGCGUCAAGUUAUGGACUACUACUCGAUUGUUAGAACUGUAAACAAUAAGGGAGUGACGAUACCUUCACAGCGGCGUUAUGUUUACUACUACUCGCAAAUGCACAAGCACAAUUUAACUUACACACCAUUACGGAUAGAACUUGUAGGAGUUUAUGUAGAGCGACCACCGCAGCCAGGCGUGACUUUCAAAGGAGAUCUCGUUAUGCGUGUUGCACAAGGUGACAUAGAAAUGUUCACCGGAGCACCGAUAACUAUAACUCGGCAGCAAUGGAUUGACGAAGAAAAGUUAUGGGCCGGAAAAGUACCAUUUGGUGGAGAUAGUUACGAUCCAUCUGUGACUGCGUUCGAUCCAGAAAAAACAGCGGUGUCGAGGAGAGCAUGGGGAUGGUCAGUAACCCAUCCAUAUCGAGUCUACUUGGAAGGAGACAUACGUGUGGAUAUUUUCGCCGAAACACCAACUACUGGAUCACGAUUACGGAAGAACAAGAAGAAGAGAGAGAAGAUAGGACAUGUCUGGCUGAAUACCAUGUUCACAUGUCCCGGCUCAUGUAGAGGAGGCUAUCAACAUGGAGAUGAGAUGUCCCCAUACCCAGAAGGAGCGACAUCGAUCACCGAACGACGAACAUCAGCGCCAGCUACCUCUGCUACGAACAACAACGGUCCCUCAUCGAGCAGCCACAUUUCACCGCCAUCGCCUCCAGCCUCUGGUACCGUACAGUUUGAAGAUGGUGUUCCUUGUUUGCGGCGGGAUGUGCAUGCUGUGUCGGCUGAGUGUGAUCGUGCAACACUGGGCUUCGAAUUGAACGAACAACGAAAAUCGAGCGAACCGAUCACGCAUCGCAGAUCCUUCCUUCCGAAGAUGAAUGUCCGAAAAUCACACAGCAGUGAUCCGCAUAUGACUUCUGUUGAUUUGAAAGAAGCUGGUGAAACGCAGAAGAAGCGCAAAACACAGAGCGCUAGUGCACGAUGGGAAGCCACGAAUCUAGAGUUAAAGUUACCGCCUGGUUUGGAAGAACACUGUCCAUCUUCAUCAUUGCCGGAUAUAUACCCUGAUCCUUCAAAAGCACCGCGUUAUGGAAUAGAAGAACUAUUGCGAAAUGCGCACACGUCUCAUAUCGUACGUGAUUUCUAUAACGAACGGCGCCGUGCUCUUCCAACCAGAGGUGAACCCGUGGAAGCAGCCCCAGAAGGUCGUCCAGAAGCAUCUGGCCCAGCAUUGAUUCGUCGAAGGCGUGAUGAACAUGUGCACAUGUUCCCACUGAUCGAAGUAGACCGAGCCUUCAAGAACGACAGUAUGCCACCUGGCUUUAAGGUUAUCAUAGUAACCAGAUGUAUACAUUCACAAGAUCCUGUAGCACAAGAAAAAGCGGAGACAGCCUUAGCUGAUGCUCGUCGAGUUGCUGCGAAACACGAGGAGGAGAAGCAAAGCAAGAAUAAAAAGACGGUAAAUUGUCCUCCUGCGAACGUUCCCGUGGUUGGAGCUGGUCCACUUCGAACAGCAACAUCAUGGCCGAAGUGUCCUCUCCAAAUAGAACAGUCAUCUUCGUCGUCACUGGGUACAAGCGUAGCAUUUCCUGCCAAGCCAGAGCAGUGGGAUCAUACAGCCAGUAGUAGUAGCAGCAGUGUAAGCGACUGUGUUGACGAUCCAGAUGAACGUGUUCUGCGUAUGUCGGGUCUGAACGUCAGAAGUGAUGCGGGUGUAGUUUUUGAUAAUUCAACCGAUACCCGUGAAAACGGAGUUAUCGCCGGAGGACGCUCAUCAACGAGCGAUUCGAGUGGUGACUUGAACUCAGCGAUGGACUCCACAUAUGGUGACUCGCAACCGGGCGCAUCUCCACUGCCUUACGCCCAAGCAGCAGGCAGGAUGUACCUAGGCGAUAGCGACGGAGUUGUUACCACAUCACCACGAGCUAAACGUCCUCUGUUUUCGUAGUUUUUCACUAUAUAUACUAACGAAAUCUUUUGAGACUAGUUGCUUAUAGACUUAGGCUUUUUCAAGCAUAUUACUUCUCUUUCACCUGCCCUCUCUUCUCUCCUUGGUGGUUCCUGGUCCGAGCUUACUUCUCUAUUCUCUAUUUCCCCUUUAUUUAUUAGUAUUUUGCAUAGUUUUCUCUUUUAUCCAUAUGAGAGCUCUUCCUAGUCGAUUUUUCAUCUUCUUUUGUAUAAUUCACAUGAUUAUUACUCGGUUACACGUUGUUUGUUUCUUUUACUUCCCGUGUUCUUUCCAGAUCACUAAGGUCUUAGUUGUUGCUUUGUCUCUAAAUUUCAAAUUCGUGUCCCACGUACGAGUGUCUACCGGUUUGGCCGGUGCAGCGCGGUUUGCGUGGAUCACAGCAAGUUUUACUGCAUGACAGAGAGCUUGGAAUAGGGGAUUUGAGGUUUUCUUCUUUGUGAU